AUGGGACGAAAGCUGCCGUCUGUGAGUCGCAGUGCCAAGCGCCAGGGCGUCGUCGCCCAAGCCUUGCGCGGCCACAAAGGGCACGUGGGACAGCAGAACAGCACGAAGCUCAAGAAAAAGCUCGUGGGCAAACAGCAAAACGUGCAAAAGCUGCACCAGAAGCGCGAGCAGCUCCGCAGUCAACAGCUCAAUCGGCAUCGCAAGGUGGAAUCAGAUCUGAGUCUCGUGCACUUGGCUGGACGAGCGGCGUUGAAUUCAGAGCAAUUUGACACAAAUCAGAAAGCUCAACUGCAGAAUCAGGAGAGCUCAGGACAAAGUGAGCUCGUCAUAAAUGACGCGUCCCGACGAGCUUAUAUGAAGGAACUCCGCAAGGUGGUGGACAAAGCAGACGUGAUUCUUGAAAUACUGGAUGCCCGGGAUCCAAUGGGCUGUCGGACGCUGGAAAUGGAGGACGCGAUUGGCAAUCGCUAUGGCAAGAAACUCGUUCUGGUGCUGAAUAAAGUGGACCUUGUGCCCCCGCAUGUGUUGCAGCCGUGGCUCAAGUAUCUGCGGGGCUUUUACCCCACGGUGGCGUUCAAAGCGUCAACGCAGAAUCAGACCAAGCAUCUCAGUGCAACGUUUGGGAGAGCUGAUAAAGCAGCAAGAGAGGCGGUGAGUGGGAGCAAAGCAGUGGGUACUGAAGCGUUGAUGCAGUUGCUGAAGAAUUAUUGUCGCAGUCAUGGCGUCAAGACUGCCAUCACGGUGGGCGUGAUUGGAUACCCGAAUGUCGGCAAGAGCUCCGUGAUCAAUUCGUUGAAACGCAGCAAAGCUGCGAGUGUAUCGAGUACGGCAGGCCACACGAAAGUCAUGCAGGAGGUGCAUAUUGACAGCAAGAUCAAGCUGCUGGAUUGUCCUGGCAUCGUAUUUGACCACACUGACUCCAGUGCGUUGCUGCUACGGAACUGCAUUAAUACCGAGUCGAUGGAAGAUCCAGUUGGUGCUGUGCAGGUCUUACUGACACGAUGCCAGCCGGCACAGCUUGCAGAACUGUAUCAGCUGCCUCUAGACACCGUAUCGAAAUGCUUUGAGGACGCCGUGCAGUUUUUAGUGCUUGUGGCACAGAGCAAGGGUAAACUCGGCAAAGGAGGAAUUCCGGAUCGUCAAGCUGCUGCACGUAUUGUCCUGCAAGACUGGAAUCGAGGCAAGCUGCCGUAUUAUACACCGCCACCGGACCAAAGCGCUCAGGUGCUGGAUACGCAACUCGUUACUUCAUUUGGCCAGGAGUUUAAUGUUGCAGAUGAAGAGUUGAAUCCAACCAGCAUCUUCCUUCCGAAUUCCGACGCUGAUGACGAAGUGAGUGGUCCUCACUGCUCGAUCGUCGUGGCAGCUGACAGUGACGUGGUGAUGGUAUCUGGCACUAAAGCGACUGAAGUUAUACCUGCCUCUGCUCGUAUCAACCAAAUGCUGAAUGACUCGGAUUCGGACGACAUGGAAUCGGACUCGGACAUGGUUGACAACGACGUUGAGACUCAAGACUUUGCUCUACCACGCACUGCUUUGUCAACACAAGAGCUAGCUGCAAAGUUGGCUCGGGACGCUCUAAACCCGCAGACAGCGCUAGCAGCAAGACGUAAAGCUAAACAGUGGCGCAAAUUGAAACGCCGAGCUGCCCGUCAACAGCUUGACACAGCAGCCGAGGCCACGUUCAGUAAGCAGUUCAACAGUAUCGUAGGUAUCCAAGGUGCUGCGUUUACCGCGACUCAGUAG